CUCUGCCAGAGAAGACGGGAAAACUACCUCAGUCACUCCUCUGCUGUGACUGACGCCACACGUGUCCUACCCCUACGCUGCCAGCCUUCAUCCACAUGUUGAAGUAUUCCCUACAAUUGGAUUAAAUCCCUAAAUUAUAAGUGAAACAUUAACUGCAGAACUUGUUACGUACGAUUCAAAACUAGCACCACUGGAUUCAAGAAUAAACUUUCAGACAGUGCUAAUAAAGCAAACGACGCAUAGUACUUGUAAAUGUCUUGCAGCCCAUGACAAUUUCAUAAUUUCAAGAUUUGCCGUGUACUAUUUCUAACUAGUUGCUGCAUCAACUUAAAAUGCAGAUACUCGUUUGUUACAAGACGUACUUGGGACAAAAUUGUGUCACUUGUUUUUGGGUCACUUGAAUGCACACUGGUGGUGGACAAAAAACUCGGAUCCAGUACAAUGGAAACUUUAGCAUCCGGACCAUCACCGAUGGGCGCUGACAGCGCUGAACACCUGGGUGAGCCCACGAGGCCAACAACAAACGAAGAGUGCGCCAUGAAACCUGGUACAUACACGGAAAGCUCAAGAAGGACUCUUGGAGGGUUGGCCAACUUUAUACCCACCAAAGUCAAAUCAUCAUUCACACGCGAGCGAAGACCUGGAUCAACCACCUUCAGCGUAGGCGCCCUCGGCUGCGAAGCAGGGCGGAGUUCACAAAAACAUGGGAAGAAGUAUGCAGAGAGAUGGAUGGUGGGCGUGAGCGCUGCGGGCGUGGUCGUCUCUGCACUCAUUCUAAUCAUUGUGCUCUUCCCACUUCUCACUACCCCUUCUUUACCCACGUCUAUCUAUUCAAACACAAGUCAACAUACCAAUAUUUUAACAAACAGCGCAUUUUCAGCUGAUGAACCAGAGAAUGAAGAAAAUCUUAUUGACUUCUUUGGCUUCCCGGAUUAUGACCCGAAAGGGUCAUUCAAAAAGCCUUCAGAACUUUCGCCAGAUCUUGAAGACUUUUUCAGUUAUGUAGUUGAUAAUAUUCGAGGAGCCAUGAACUUUAGUGUUUCUCCCUGUGACGACUUCUAUGAAUAUGCAUGUGGAAAUUGGAAAAACCUAUAUCCUCCACCAACAGGAGUAUCAGGGUGGAGUAACUUCGAAGCUAUGACUAUCAAAAUUUGGGAUAUGAUGGAAGAUGAACUUGCGAUGUUUAUAAAUGAAACGGAUAACAAUGCAAAACACAACGGUGUUCUAGUACCUUUGGAUGAACGUAACAAUUCACAUUUAAAUAAUGCCGAUUCUUACAUGCGAAAACUGGCAACAGACUACUAUGCAGCAUGUGAAGAUGAAACCAAUUUAGCCAUGCUGGGUGUUAGCCCUCUCCAAGAGGUCCUUCACAAGAUGGAUCAAGAAUAUCAACUUCUCAAGUCACAGUUGCAGCCUUUGCAAGCAUUCCAAAGUAUGUUAGAGUAUGUUCACCACGAUCUAUCCCUCCAUGCCUUUUUUGGGUGGAAGGUUGAGAUGGACAAUACUAUUGCAAAUUCCAUGGCUAUAGAAUUAAUAGCACCAAAUGUAGAUUUAGUGCCACAAGGAACUGUUGUGAAAGGAAAUGAUGACCUUAUUACAGUAUAUGAACAAUAUGCUUCAGAUAUUCUGAAAAUGGUUGGUACAUUUGACAAUAACAGUGUUGUGAAUGAGGUAGCUAUCAUCCUUGAGUUUCUACAAAUUUUCCAACCAGUAGGUGGUUCUCUGUUGGUAAAUAAUACAAAUAUUGAAGAGUUGAAUGCCAUAGCACCCUUUUUAGACUGGCACAUAUAUUUCAACAAAGGCUUUAAUAGAGUGGGAGCAUUUAUAAAUACAGAUGAACGCAUACUAUCUUUAAUUCAGGAUUAUUUAGCAGUGAUCUCGACUGAAAUAAUGGCAGAAAUUUCAAGUAAAGGGUCAGACAGAUUAUAUGUAUACCUCCGCUGGCAGGUAGUGCAAUAUUAUAGUCAGUUCCUCCAUAAGCAAGCAAGGAAUGCAUUAUUACCAUUAUUUGAUCACAUAUCUGGAGAAAAUACAACUAAUUUGCCAAAUUUUCGCUUUCGGCCCUGCAUCAAAGAACUGGAAGAGAGACUCUCACUUCCUAUUGCUUAUCUUCUAAUGGAAAUUGUCAAGGAGCAACUCCAAAAAGGACCAACCAUCCAUGAUUUGACUAGAAGAGUGAGAAAAAUGGCAGAAUCCAUUAGAGAAGAGUAUGUAAGAUAUAUAGAUUCAUUUGAAUGGUUGAAGCCCAGUGCUAAAAAUGUAUUAACUGAGAAAUUAAGCAAUGUUAACAUAUUGGUAGGCUACCCACCAGUCCUUGAUAAUAUAUUUGAACUCCAAAAACUGUUUGAAAACUUAAAUUUCAGUAACAAAAAUUUACUGCAGAAUCAGAUAAACCUGCUGAAAUUUAAUAAAAAUCGUCAUAUGAAGUUUUUAAGAGAGCCAGGUACUUAUAGUGAGUGGGAAGUUCUGUCACCCAUGUCUUUGAUCAGCUUCUAUGUGUAUCGUAGAAAUACUUUACUUAUACCAUUAGGAGGAUUUAUGUACCCUCUCUACAAUUCUGAUCUGCCAGAACCUCUUUCAUAUGCAACAAUGGGAGCAUUCAUAAGUCAUGAACUAGGACAUGCUGUGGAUUUUGUGGGUCGCACAAGAGAUCAAUACGGAAGAGCUAAUGCUACCAUGUGGGAUGAGCAAACUGUGGAAGACUUUGUUCAGAAAGUGUUAUGCCGUAUUAACCAAUACACAGAGACAUAUUACCCCAUUCAGGGUCUUUUGACCAUCGCUGAAGUGAUGGCUGAUGAUGGCAGUAUUGGUAAUUCUUACAGAACAAUAAAAAAUCAACUCUCUCAAACAAAAUUCCCAGACCAAAUUAGUGACUUCUUGACAGAGCUACAUCUUUCGCCAGACCAAUUCUUCUUCCUACAUUAUGCUCAACUGUUCUGUGCUGCAUCAACCACUGGCAUCCCACACAAAGGUGUAGCCCAUUACCCACCACAUUCUGUUAGAGUAAAAGCUACACUUUCCAACACUCCUGAUUUCCAAAGGGCCUUUGCUUGCCAUAAAGAUGCCAAAAUGAAUAACAUUAAAGCAAACUGUGAUAUUUGGUAAGUGUAGCAACGAAAAUUUCCCCGUGACAUUUGGUAAUUGUAGCAACGAAAAUUGCCCUAAAUGGUUUCGAUUUACAUGCUGUGCCUUGAUGAUGAAAUUAAAUACCGUAAUCUAAACAUUCUGCUGCAAGAACCAAUAAAUCCUAUUUUAGAGGGGCAAUGUGAACUACCAAGGAGAGAGUCAAUUGAGCUUGACAAUUAGAACAAUUAUUUCUUUUGCAAUAUGUGACAAUGCUAAGCUGUAGCACAUCCCUCUCAAUCAUCAAAAGAUUUAACCCACCAAAUGCAGAUUUGUAUUAUAUUAUUAACAUUCCGGUUAUAUACUUUGAUGUAUUAACUUUUUUGUGUAUGGAGUGUUUGUUAUUUUUUCUUAGUAGACUACUGCAACUGUGAUAGAAGUAAAGUUAAACAUAAUCAGUUUUAUUAUACAAAAUAUAUUUUUGUAAAUGCUUUAUAAAUGUAUGCAAAAUACUGUCCUAUAACAUGUCUGUGGCUACAUAGAAAAUCUACAAGUACAAAACAAAACUUACCAAGUUCUUUACUUUCCCUCAAUAAAGAAAAAGAAAAGAUGCCCUUUCCAAUACCAUACAGGUAUUGGAUGGCUAAGUUCUGUAUUAUUUAGCUUAUAAGUGCUAGGGUUAUGAACAUUCCCAAGCUUCAGAACUUUACAUUUAUCUACAAUGAACUGCAUCUGCCACUCUUCUGACCAUGAAUUCAGUUUGUCUAAAUCCUUCCAAAGUUCUGUGACAUCACGUUUGAAUCAAUUACCCUACCUAUCUUAGUGUCAUCAACGAAUCUGCUCAUAUAGCUAGCAAUUGCCUCAUCAAGGUCAUUGAUAUAUAUUAUAAACAAUAAUGAGCUUAAAACUGAUCCCUGAGGAACACCACUAGUUUCAGAUCCCCACUCAAAUUUUACCCCAUUUAUGCACGGUCUGUUUCCUAUUGGCGAGCCAAGACUCUAUCCAUGACAGCCCUUUUUUCCCUAAUGCCAUGAGCUGCCACUUUCUUUAUCACACUCUGGUGUGGUACUCUAUCAAAAGCCUUACUAAAAUCCAAGUACAGUGGAACCUCGAUUUUCGUAUGCCCUAGUCUGUAUGUAAAACUAUAGUUAUUCUCUAUAAAAUGUAUUUUUUGUUAA